AAAAAUGCCUUUAGCGGUUUACCCUUUUCCAAUAUAUUUACUAAGCUAUCCAGCAUAUUGAAAUUCUGUUGGAAAAAAUAGUGAUUUAGUAAACAUGUUGGAAAAAUAUAAACUGCUGAUGUCGUUCAGCAGAAAAUUUUACACAGUAGCAAAGUUGAUACCAGCGCAGCGGAAGACUCUUAUUAAGCUACCUUUUUUGCUGAACGCAGCCAUUAUUGGUUGUCAUCUGUGUGGGUAUUAUAACCUGCUAAAUAAACAAAAAUGCAAAGUUAUUCUAUAGAAUACAUAACCAGUAUAUGAAAAUUUGCUCUGUCACGUUGAUACAAAUACUUGCUUACGCAAAUGGCUUUAGCAAGAAUUGAGUUUGCUGUGCAUAUGACAUGCCAGAAAUGCGUUAACGCAAUUCGCGAGAGUAUAACAGAUAUGGAAGGUAUUCAAAACAUUGAUAUAUCGUUAGAACAUGGCACUGUCGUUGUUGAAACAAAUCUACCUUAUUCUGUCAUACAAGAAAGAAUUGAAAAAACUGGAAGGCAGGCAGUAUUGAAAGGAUAUGGAGAUGAAUUGAGCGCAGUGUCAAUGUUAGGUGGAAAUUCAGGAUACAGUAUAGAUAAUCUAGUGAAAGGAGUAAUAAGGUUUGCACAAACUCCAAAGGGAUGUGUUAUAGAUGGUACAGUUGAUGGAUUAGCCCCAGGUACACAUGGUAUACAUAUACAUGAGUGUGGUGAUAUAUCUAAAGGCUGUGACAGUGUAGGUGAGCACUACAAUCCAAAUAAUUCCUUACAUGGAGAUCCUGAGAAUAAACUAUCUGAAAGACAUGCUGGUGAUCUUGGUAACAUCUUAGCAGAUUCUACAGGCAGAGCUACAUUUCGGAAAAUAGAUAAAUUUCUUGAAAUACCUGAUAUCAUUGGUAGAUCUCUUGUUAUCACUGAGAAUUCAGAUGAUCUGGGAAAAGGUAACAAUCCAGAGUCUAAGAUAAAUGGAAACAGUGGAAAUAGGUUGGCUUGUGGUAUUAUAGCCAGAUCGUCCGGAUUGUUUCAAAAUACAAAGAAGAUUUGUGCAUGCGAUGGUCUCACAAUAUGGGAUGAAAGAGAUCAGGCUCUUGCACAUACCAAGGGUAUUAUAAAAAAUUAUAUAAACUCUCACGAGAAAAUAUGUACAGUAAUCUGAAUAUUUUCAUUGAUAAAGAUAUAUUUCAUAGAUAUAGAAAAGCUAUUCCUGGAAAUUAAUUACAUCUUAUAUAAAUGUAGAUUUUUAAUCUCAGAAAUACUUUAUUUUUAUACUCACUUAUUAAUUUAAUGCUUUGUAAUAUUAAUAUUUGUUUUUAAAUACUUAAAUUAGCCAUGUAAAAGUUAAAAC